CUGUGGCCGCGCCCUCCAUCCUUCCCUGCCAGUCGUCGGGCGGGAGCCGGACGGAGCGGACGGCUGUGGCUGCAUUCUGCAAGCCAAGGGGAAGUUAUGCUACUUUCAGUCAGACAUAGAAGCACAGAUGCGUGAGAUUCAAGGAGCGGAUUGUAGUAACAGCUACUACCAGCCAAUCGGAAUCGUCGUUGUGAGGACCAAUCAGCUGUCAUUUAUGAGCAGGUGCAAGGUCAUGUUCAAAGUUGGGAAAGGUUCUGGUAAUCGGUCUCUCACAAAGACACAGACAUGUUUAACUUAAGGACUUGUGCUGCUAAACUUAGGCCUUUGACGGCCUCUCAGACUGUUCGCUCACUAAAACACAGUCGGCCUGCGGCCCCAAGGACGUUUCAGCCAGUCAGGUGCCUCAGUACACCUGCGGCCGCAGAGCCUUUCCUCAGUGGGACUAGUUCUAAUUAUGUGGAAGAAAUGUACUAUGCAUGGCUGGAAAACCCCAAGAGUGUCCACAAGUCAUGGGACAUCUUCUUCCGAAACGCCAAUGCAGGAGCAGCACCUGGAACAGCUUACCAGAGCCCCCCGCCCCUCAGUAGCAGCCUGUCUGCAUUCACACAGGCACAGUCUUUAGUUCAGGGUCAGCCAAAUAUAGGCAAGCUAGUGGGAGAUCAUCUUGCUGUGCAGUCCCUCAUCCGGGCUUACCAGAUCCGUGGGCACCAUGUUGCCCAGCUUGACCCACUUGGCAUUCUGGAUGCAGAUCUGGAUUCCUGUGUGCCAGCUGACAUUGUCACAUCCUCAGACAAACUCGGGUUUUACGGGCUGGAGGAAUCUGACCUGGACAAAGUCUUCCAUCUGCCAACCACUACAUUCAUUGGAGGGAAUGAGACAGCACUUCCCCUUCGAGAGAUCAUUAGGAGACUAGAGACCUCUUACUGCCAGCACAUUGGAGUGGAGUUCAUGUUUAUCAAUGACCUGGAGCAAUGUCAGUGGAUCCGGCACAAGUUUGAGAGCCCAGGGAUCAUGCAGUUCACCAAUGAGGAAAAACGCACUCUGCUCGCCAGGCUGGUUAGGUCAACAAGAUUUGAAGAGUUCCUCCACCGUAAGUGGUCUUCUGAGAAGCGUUUUGGAUUAGAAGGCUGUGACGUCCUAAUACCGGCCCUGAAAACCAUCAUUGAUAAAUCCAGUGAGAGUGGUGUGGAUUAUGUAAUCAUGGGGAUGCCACACAGAGGUCGUCUUAAUGUCUUGGCCAACGUGAUCAGGAAAGAGUUGGAGCAGAUUUUUUGUCAGUUUGACUCCAAGCUGGAAGCUGCAGAUGAGGGAUCUGGUGACGUCAAGUACCACCUGGGAAUGUACCACAGAAGGAUAAACAGGGUAUCCGACAGAAAUAUCACCUUGUCUCUGGUUGCCAACCCAUCCCAUCUUGAGGCUUGCGACCCUGUCGUCCAAGGCAAAACCAAAGCAGAGCAGUUCUAUGGUGGUGAUACGGAGGGUAAAAAGGUAAUGUCUGUCCUUAUACACGGAGAUGCUGCAUUCGCUGGACAAGGGAUUGUGUAUGAGACCUUCCACUUGAGUGAUCUUCCGUCUUACACUACACAUGGCACCGUGCAUGUGGUGGCCAACAACCAGAUUGGUUUUACCACAGACCCCCGAAUGGCACGCUCCUCUCCUUACCCGACAGAUGUGGCCAGGGUUGUCAAUGCGCCAAUCUUCCACGUCAACGCUGAUGACCCUGAGGCUGUCAUGUAUGUUUGUAAUGUGGCUGCGGAAUGGAGGAGCACGUUUCACAAGGACGUGGUGGUGGACCUGGUGUGCUACCGCCGGAAUGGACACAAUGAGAUGGAUGAACCCAUGUUUACACAGCCUCUGAUGUACAAGCAGAUCCGCAAACAGAAGCCAGUACUGCAGAAAUAUGCAGAGACUCUGGUGUCGCAGGGAGUGGUCAACCAGCUUGAGUAUGAGGAGGAGAUAGCGAAGUAUGACAAGAUAUGCGAGGAGGCUCUCGCACGCUCCAAGGAUGAGAAAAUCCUUCACAUUAAGCAUUGGCUGGACUCCCCAUGGCCUGGUUUCUUCACUCUGGAUGGGCAGCCUCGAAGCAUGUCCUGUCCCUCCACAGGGCUCAGCGAGGAUGAGUUGACACACAUCGGGAGCGUGGCCAGCUCCGUCCCUGUAGAGGACUUUACUAUUCAUGGAGGACUUAGCCGCAUACUGAAAGCGCGAGGGGAGAUGGUGAAGAACAGGACCGUUGAUUGGGCCCUGGCUGAGUAUAUGGCAUUUGGCUCACUCCUGAAGGAAGGCAUCCACAUUCGUCUGAGCGGGCAGGACGUAGAGAGGGGUACUUUCAGCCAUCGUCAUCACGUCUUACAUGACCAAAAUGUAGACAAGAGAACAUGUAUUCCUAUGAACCAUCUGUGGCCCAACCAAGCUCCAUACACCGUCUGCAACAGUUCGCUGUCAGAGUAUGGCGUACUGGGUUUUGAGCUUGGGUUUGCUAUGGCCAGUCCAAACGCACUGGUUCUUUGGGAAGCCCAGUUUGGAGAUUUCCACAACACAGCUCAAUGUAUCAUCGACCAGUUCAUUUCCCCCGGCCAGGCUAAGUGGGUACGACAGAAUGGAAUCGUCUUGCUACUACCCCAUGGCAUGGAGGGCAUGGGUCCUGAACAUUCCUCUGCUAGACCUGAACGCUUCCUGCAGAUGUGCAAUGAUGACCCUGAUGUGUGCCCUAAAAUGUCUGAGGACUUUGCUGUCCGCCAGCUGUAUGACUGUAACUGGAUUGUUGUGAAUUGCUCCACUCCAGCCAACUACUUCCAUGUUCUCCGCAGACAGAUCCUGCUUCCUUUCCGUAAACCGCUGAUCAUCUUCACUCCAAAGUCCCUUCUGCGUCACCCUGAAGCCAGAUCAAGUUUUGAUGACAUGCUGGCAGGCACUCACUUUGAGAGAGUAAUCCCAGACGCUGGACUGGCCUCCCAGAAUCCUGCUGGGGUUAAGCGCAUCCUCUUCUGCACAGGGAAAGUGUACUAUGACCUGACCAAAGAGCGCAGCAUCCGAGGAAUGGAAUCCGAGGUGAUCAUCACCCGUGUGGAGCAGCUGUCUCCAUUCCCCUUUGACCUUUUGGAGCAGGAGGUCAAUAAGUAUCCUAAUGCCGAUGUUGUUUGGUGCCAAGAGGAACACAAAAACCAGGGUUACUAUGACUACGUGAAACCAAGAUUACGUACCACAAUACAGCGCACUAAACCUGUCUGGUAUGCUGGCCGUGACCCUGCAGCUGCUCCAGCCACUGGCAACAAGAAAACCCACAUGACAGAACUGAAGCGACUCUUGGACAACGCGUUCGGUCUGGAUUCGUACAAGGGCUUCUUUUAGUCCGGCCUCGGUGUCUUCCCUCCAUCUGCACUCCCCACUUUCCAUCCAUGUACACUUACAGAGGACACCCCUCUCCGUGUCAUCUGGCCACCCACAUGAUUACAGCAGCUUUUUGCUGCUGGAAAACUGCCCACCAUUAAAUCGCAUUAAUAGGGCAAAAUGAAGCAGUUUUGUUUCGUUUAUUAAUAAAAUAAAAGAGAGAGAGAUAAUCAAAGUACACCUAAGGGAUAUAUGUAUAUAAAUAUGACCUGUUCUGGGGCUCUGGUUUUAUUCCUUAAAUAAUGAGAACCAUGAAAUGAUUGGCGUAAAACCCCUUCAUUGCUGGCGGCUCCUAACGCAUUUGCUACGAGGAAGAAUCUAGAUCCCGGCUGCAGGUUGGCGGUCAGGUUGCGCAUGGCUAAGUUUUAUACAAGUAAAGAGCUUUUAUUUCACCUUUCUGUAGUAAACACAGAGUGCUCUGGGCUCAAAAGAGCAAUGUGAUCAUGUGUUUUUCCAUAUCUGGUAACUUGUGGCUUUCCGGCUGUUAUUGGGCUACUGUAGCCAGGCAACAAUAGGUCACCUAACUGUGAUCUGUAUAUUAAUUGGUAGAUAACCUCCCCAGCACCUGCACUGUUAACAGGUCUCCUCAGAAUGAGCUCAAAGAUUGUCAGGGCAAACUAGGACUUAUAGUGCCACAUACUGUACGUGCGGGGAACUACUGGUUGUUUAACUCUGUUCUAUAAAUUAAAUGAAAAGUAUGGUGCAUUCUGUUUAUGGAGGAAUUCAGAUGACUGCAUUAUAUUGAACCACUUUUUGGCAUCCAAAUAAUUAUAUAGCUCCCUCAGCCGUAUUUUCUAGAGAGCACUGUAGAUCACUUAUAAACUGACAGAGAGCAAUCACACAGCUUUGUUGGGCACAGCAAUAAUGUAACAACUAGUAAUUUUACUUAUUUUAUUAUUUUUACUUUGGUACACACAACGGGGAAAAGUUUUAUCUGCACAACGGGGAAAAGUUUUAUCUGCCGCCUUAUUCACAGUGCAAGCCACUUAGUAACCAUUUUCAACAAUAAUUUGCCUUUCAUCCUAUAUGCAACUCGUGCAGUUAAAGAUCGUUUUUAUGGUAAACCACUAUUUCCGAUCCUAUUUCUUAUCCACAACCAUGCUAAUAUUGAAGCUUCUGAAUGCACAAGCAAGGGAUUCACAUGUUAGUUGCUCAUCCAUAAACAUUCAAACAUGGCCGCUUUACCCAGCAUCCUUUGCUAUCUGUAUAAGAUUACCUAUUUUCUGCCACCUUCUGGUAGCAUAAAUGUUCAUUAGGUUGAAUUGAAGUCAGCUGACCCAUUCUAAAUGCAUGUGCUAAAUUCGGACCCCCAUGCAGGAGCGGGAGGCAAUGAAAAGAGUUUUUCCUUGAAACAAAAGGGGCAAAACAAAUCUAUAUAAUAAAGAGGCCACUGACCUAAAUCAAUCUUAUUUAUUUUGUUAAAAUAAAUAAAAAAAAUAUAUAUACAUAAAAA